AUGGAUCCCAAUUUCAUGGGAGAGUGGAGUGCCUCUGAGAUCAAGAUGGUGAAAUCUCUCAUUGCAAGGGACAACGCCAACAACAAUGGUGCUAGUGAUAUGAACAAGAAGCAUAAUCAAAUUGUGGAUGAGCUCCAGGCAAUAUUCCCUUGUAAGGAAAAGCAUCAGAGUGGCAACCAACAAGUGGAAGAAAGUAGCAGCCUGAUGAAUCAACCCUUUGGGUUGUUUGUGGGGGAUCCAUCCAUGGGCAACAUGGAAGCAUUUGAUGGUUAUCCAAAAGUGGAAAUGUUUGGCAUGAGGAAUGUGAAGGAGACUCCACGGAGGAAGCCCACUCCUUCGAAGGAGAUCCAAUACACUAGGAGGUUUUGGACCAUAAAUGAGCUUAGGCAAUUCCUCCGUGGUCUACAUGUGUACGGUCACAGAAAUUGGAAGAACAUCUCUAGGCACUUUGUUACCACCAAGACCCCUAUGUAG